CCUGGGCAAAGGAUCCAGGGUUGUGUGAGAAAGAAGAUAAGCAAGCCUCGUGGACUGAGCAAGCCAGUAAGCAGUGUUUCUCCAUGUCCUCUGCAUCAGGUUCUGCCUCCAGGUUCAGGCCUUGAGUUCCUCCCUGACUGCCAGGGAUUAAUAGUGAACCAGGAAGCUAGAUGAAACGAGUUCGUUCCUCCCCAAGCAGCAUUUGAUAAUGGUGUUUAUUUCAGCAAUAGAAGGCAAACUAGGAGACACAAAGAUGCACGUGCAUAUGUAUAAUUAAUGCUAGAUUCCACUUGUGAGAGAAACCAUGUAAUAUUUUGUCUUCAGUCUCAUUACUCUCUCCUGUUCCUUUCUUUGGAACUCUUUCUCAUAGUCCUCCUUCUAUUUACAUUUACAAGUAACAUAUGCGUGCACAUAUAUAAAUGUACAUAUGUACCCCUGCCCUGAGACUCAGAGUUCGGUGGCUCCAGUCCUUGCUAGUAAACCGAACAGCGCAGCAAUACUAAGGCGCAUGAGCACAUUCCUUAGCAAGGACUCAGCCUGUCAAGGGCGGGUCCAUGUGCGCAUGCUCGCAUGCUCUCCACUUGUGUUAUGUUGUGUUCUGGCCAGAACCCCUCAGUCACGGCCAAACAAAAUUAAUGACGCAGGUAGGAUUUCCAGAAACAGAGCUUCAGAGUGAGCCCUCGCUGUCAGCAAUUGUCUGCCAAGAGAUGGAGUGCAAAAUCUCAUAGUUGUCUCAUCUAUGACAGCCUGGUUGAGCUGAGAUGCCAUUUCACAUGGAAGUUGGUUAUAGAAAAGGUUGACAUGCCUGAUUUGGAAGUAAGAAUCUCAGAGACUGAGUUCUUUGAUGCCAGCUACAGCAUCGGGAUGCACAACCUCCUGGCCUACGUGAGGCACCUGAAAGGCCAGCAGGAGGAAGCCCUGCAGAGCUUGAAAGAAGCUGAAGCCUUGAUCCAGAGCGAGCAGUUGAGCAAGAGAAGGCUGGUGACCUGGGGCAACUGUGCCUGGCUGCAUUACCACAGGGGCAGCUUGGCAGAAGCCCAGGUCUACCUGGACAAGGUGGAGAAGGUGUGCAAGGAAUUUUCAAGUCCCUUCCAAUACAGGCUGGAGUGUGCUGAGAUGGACUGUGAGGAAGGCUGGGCCUUGUUGAAGUGUGGCAUACAAAAUUAUAAAGGAGCCAUGGCCUGCUUUGCAAAGGCUCUGAAAGUGGAGCCAGAAAACCCUGAGUACAAUGCUGGCUAUGCAGUCGUAGCCUAUCGCCUGGAUCACAUUGAUGGCACUUCGCUCCAACAUUUACAGAAGGCUGUCAGCGUAAAACCAGAAGAUCCAUACCUUAAAGUUCUCCUUGCCCUAAAGCUUCAGGAUUUACACAAACUAGAAGAAGCAGAAAAACACAUUGAAGAAACUCUGCCCAGGAUAUCCUCGCAGCCCUAUGUCUUUGGAUAUGUAGCCAAAUUUUACCGAAGGAAAGGAUUGGUGAAAGAAGCUCUUGAGUUCCUUGGCAGAGCCUUGCAGAAACAACCUUGCUCCACCUUCUUGCAUUUCCAGAUUGGCCUUUGCCAUAAGAAACGACUGAUUCAAAUAAAGAAAGCUUCAAACAUGCAACCAAGAGGGGAAGAUAGAAAAAGAGCAGACCAAUCCAUCCAUUUGGCUAUAUGUCAUUUUAAACGGACUUUAGAACUGAAACCCACAUAUGUGAUGGCAUAUGUUACUCUGGCUGAAAUGUACAUUGAGAAAAAUCAACUAAAAGAAGCAGAGGACAAUUUUCAGAAAUUGUUGAACAUGAGUAACUUGGAAGAUCAUAUUCAGCAAGAGAUUCACUUCCGGUAUGGCAACUUCCAACAAUACUAUAAGAAAUCAGAAGAGGCAGCCAUCACACAUUACUUAAAAGGCCUAAAAAUAGAGGUAACUUCUCACUACAGGGAUAAACCUCUCAAGGCUUUGGAGAAACUGGCUAAAAGACGCAAGGAAGAUCAUGUCCUGGAAAACUUGGGCCUACUUGGGUUUGUCUACAAACUGAAAGGGAACACAAGUGAAGCCAUGUCAUGCUAUGAGAGGGCCCUGAGGCUCACAGGAGCAGUGAACCCUGAGUUUUGAGGAAGAGCUUCUUGAGUGGCUUGUUAAGCGUGAGCAUGACUUUCUAAUCUACUAGUCUUUUCCAGCUGUUGCCUUAACUAUAUAAACCCCCAUGAAGCAAGAUACAGAUGAUGCCUUUUCUAUUGCUUGCUUUUCUACAGCCAUAAUUUAUGGUUGAGGGCCUAUGAGUGUGUGACAGGAGUGUCCAUUCUCCUGUCACACAUGCUGGACAUUUUCCUUAUGAGUGUGCCUUUAAUUGCAUCUCCUAUACCAUCAGUCUUCAAGAACCCCGAUCAAAGGACACUUGACACAUUAAGGCUCAUUUUUCAUGGGAUCUUCCAAACUUCAACAACAUCUGACAGCAAAAUAAAUGAGCAAUGGUGAGCAUUAAAAGGGAGAGAAAUGCAAGAUAUCUUUACAGUGUUUCAGUCCAUAGGCCCAUUUUCAUAGGCUUUACUGCAGCCAGAACCUGCUGGUCAAUGACCCCCAAGCCAAUAAUCAAAGCAUCUUUUUGUAUAAAAGUGUUUGAUUUUAGAUAAUUGUGGUGGAUUUCUGUGGUCUACAUAUAUUGGCCUUUAUUCAUUACUAAGAAAGAUUUAAUGCUUCAGGAAGAUAGAAUAAAGCAGUAACCUCUGUGGAAUGUGCCAACAACAACAAAAACAACAAAAAAUGACAAAAUUUCUACUGGAGAAUGUUCAGACUAUGAAGUGUUGUGUAAUAUCACCUUGUUGCUUUCCUAACCCAAUCAUAUUCAAUAAAAUCUGCUAAUAUCA